CCUAUCCAACUCGGACGGCUUCAGGCGUAGUGAUAUAAUGGCAUGACCCAACACUAAUGGCAACGCGUUACGGUAUCCCACCGCCCUCAUGGCCGUGGAUCAAGAUUCUGCCGCGCUGAUUGCCGCUCGCUCGAUCCAUCCUCACCAGGAAGCCGGUGUCGGUGCUGCUCAAAGUAAUAUACAUGAUAGCUGAAUGGUAGACAACACCAGCCAGUCCGCUCCUGUUACCGAGAGAUAGUAGUGUUUGUCUUCCUCUUGCUUUGCAUAGUGAGCCACCAUCAGAGCACUCCACUCAAGAUGCCCCAAGGACCCUACAAACUCGUAACAGUCAACAACGCACCCGAGCGUGCAUACCGUCUGGUCGGUCGGAUAGUGGAAGACGUCAAGGACAAAUACACCAUCAUACAUGCCGGCAAUGCCGAGAGUCCCGAAGCAGCAAAAAGUGUGUUCGAGCAGAUCAAACCGGAUAUAGUUUUCACAGCCUCAAUGUGGUCACCCGAACAGAGCUCCAAAGUCCUAGCAGAGGCAAAGGCAGUGAAUCCCAAUUGCAAGACCUUGGCGUUACCGCAGGGCCUGCAAGUCCAGCAGGGACCUGAUGCAGUCGUGGAGUUUAUCAAGGAGCAAAUACCGGGGCUAAUUGGGAGCUGAGCAACCAUCAAACGCGACUCCGGUUUGACCGCUGUGUGUCUGAGAGGCAUUCUUGGCGCAGGAAUUGUGCAACCCAAGAAAAGAGUCUGAUGUUCGAUGUUGCCAGCUACUAUCGCGCCAGCUCCAUCUGCCGCAAUGGCACGUCCGGCACAU